AUGUACAUCUUAAUUACGAUGUCUGUUCUGCCUAUUUUGGCACAUUUUACGGCAUGUGAAUCUACACAAGAGCCGCCAAAAGACCUGCAAUCAAAGAUUACGUUUAAAACACCGAUUAAUGAGGUGUCAACGACGGCAGACACAUUGAAGCAUGGAUCUCUACGGACAAACCAGCCAAUGCCACAUAUAAAUAGAAAACCACACGUGUUGGGGGAUAACAACGCAAGAUAUAAGAUAUUACUCAAGUCGCCGCAUUCGGUGACGAAACUUGCUAAAACACUGUCACUAGGAUUUGACCCUUCAUUUAGUAAGGAUUAUUUCGAACCAUUCGAAAGACGACCAAGGCCAGUAACACUAGUUGCCUUUCGGAAGAAUGGAUUUGCUACAAGACACCAGUUCAAAGGCAUCAACAGUAAAUCGUCAGUAGUAGCUGAACUUCAGUCACCGUUCAACGAAAUUAGUAACUUUUGGCAAGACGGGCAUUUAGAGGCAUAA